AUGACCGGCUUCAACCUCCGGUCCCUCACUCUCACAACCCUCAUCGCCGUCUCCGGUGUCGAGGCGACAAAGUCCAAGCUCAACCCACCCCCUCAAUGCCCAUACCGCUUCGCAUGGGAAAAUGUCCAGCUCUCCUCCCGCGACAUUUCCCCUUUUGACGCAUUUCUCUUCGGCUUCAACACGUCUUCGAAGCCCUCUCUCAAAUGCAAAGCUUUCCCAGGCGAGUCAUCCUGGCCCAGCGCACAAACCUGGGCAAAGUUCAACAAGACCCUCGGCGGCGCCCUGAUCAAGACCGUGCCCCUGGCAGCAGCAUGCUACCCUGAAUGGGGCGAGUACUACAACCCUGAGGAAUGUCAGCGCGUGAGAGAGAGUUGGACAAAUCCCCGUUUGCAUGUUGAGGACCCUGGCUCGGGGAUGUUCCCUCUCUAUCAAGGCCGCUCCUGUCUCCCUGAUGGAGGGAACUGCACGUUGGGAGGGUAUGCCUCGUACUCCGUGGCGGCUGCCAAUGUGAAGCAGAUCCAGCUGGCGGUGAACUUUGCGAGGAAUGCGAACUUGAGGCUGGUGGUGAAGAAUACGGGGCAUGACUUUAAUGCAAAAUCAGUCGGGGCUGGGGCGCUGUCGGUGUGGACGCAUAAGCUGAAUGAUAUCCAGUUUGUAGAGGACUACAAGUGUGCGCAUAGCGGGUAUCGAGGGCCGGCGUUUAAGUUGGGAAGUGGUGUGCUCACGGAGCAAGUGUAUGCUGCAGCGGAGAAGUAUGGGGUCUCUGUGGUAGGAGGGGAGUGCAGGACUGUCGGUAUUGCUGGCGGCUUUAUUGCCGGCGGAGGACACUCCCCUCUCUCAAGCCUACUCGGCAUGGGCGCCGACCAGGUCCUCUCCAUGGAAGUAGUCCUUCCUGAUGGGAGGUUCGUGACUGUCAACGAGCGUUCGUAUCCUGAUCUCUUCUGGGCUCUGCGCGGUGCCGGAGGGAGCACAUACGGCAUUGUCACCUCAGUAACUGUCCGCGCCUACCCCCGCAUUCCCGUCUCAACGCUCACCUUCGCCUACGGUACAUCUCCCAAUGUCACAGCCGACACUUUCUGGGAGAGCAUCCGCGUUUACAUGAAAUACUUUGACCGCUUCGCCACCACCGGCGCCUACGGCUACUUCUUCGUCUUCAACAUCGGCCCAGACCAGUUCCUCUUCAUUAUGACUCCCUUCUGGGCCAACAACAUGAACUCCGCGCAACUGAUCUCUCUUGUACAGCCUUACCUCAACGACCUUGCCAACCUAGGCAUUGAAAUAACCCCCAACAUCACGUCCUAUCCUUCUGUGUUCCAAGCUUAUCAGGGCGCCUUCCCCGGUCCCGAAACCGUCGGCACGGUAGACAACCACUCUGGCUCGCGUCUCUUCCCCAAAGAAAACUUCCAAGACCCACGUAAGCUCAACGAUACCCUCGCAGCAGUCCGCCACGCGAUCUCCAACGGCGGCAUCCUCGUUGGCUACAACAUUCGCUCGGCACCCAACGCCAUCGCGAACCAAAACAACGCAGUCAACCCCGCCUGGCGCAAGGCUCGUGCUUUCUUCAUCCUGGGAGCAACCUGGCCUGCGAAUGCCACUCUGGCACAAAUCCAGCAGGCGAGCAAGACGCUCACGACAGAUUGGUUGGCCAAGUGGAGGGCCGUGUCGCCUGGCAGUGGAACAUACAUGAGUGAGGCGGAUAUUAAUGAGCCGAAUUGGCAAAGGGAGUUUUAUGGCGAGUAUUAUCCUAGACUGUACUCCCUUAAGAAGAAGUACGAUCCGAACGGGGUGUUCUACGCGCCUACAGCAGUUGGGUCCGAGGAUUGGUAUGUGACGGGGCAGAAGGAAUGGGUGCCCAGUCAGGAUGGAAAGUUGUGCAGGAAGUAA